UAGAUAAUACACAACAUUAUCUCAACAUUAAAAGAAAAAUAACAAAGAUAAGAAUUUUAGAGGAUAUUGUUAGACCAGUCACAAUGAUACUUUCACGAUAUUUACAUCCACUAAAACAAACACUGAGACGCUUCACUUCAGACACUUCAAUUAAAUCAAAAGCAAAAGAAAUUCAAAUACCUAAAACCACUCUUCAUGAAUUUUUAUGGCAAAACUUGGAAAAAUGGCCCGAUAAAACCGCAACAGUCUGUUUUGAAACCCAACGUAGCUAUACUUACCACCAAAUCUACAAAAAGAGUCUCUCAAUUACCAAUUUUCUGAAAAAUUCCCUAAAAUUAAAUAGACAAGACACCGUUGGGGUUGUUUUACCCAACACUCCCGAAUACCCUAUUGUUCUCUUGGGGGCAAUUCAAGCUGGCUUGCGGGUAACAACAUGUAACCCCAAUUACACAUCGGAAGAACUUAGCAGACAGUUGAACAAUUCCCAAUCGCGGCUUGUUUUUACAUCACGUGAGCUGCUCCCAUUGGUUCGUCAAGCAACAAAUUUCCCGGUGGUAGAAAUCGCCAAUGACAGAAGUGUCACUAGUGGCACCAUCAGUUUUCACGAAAUUUCAUCAGGAGAGGGUUGCCAACCGGUCACUGAUGCUAGCUGUGAUGAUAUUAUUUUUUUGCCAUAUUCGAGUGGUACUACUGGAUUACCCAAAGGUGUACAGUUAAGUCACCACAACAUUGUUGCCAACUUAUGCCAAAUUUGCUCACCUGAAUUUGCCCUCAUAAGAAGUUACGACGAUGAACGCCAGGAUGUAAUCCCCGCUUUUUUGCCCUUUUUCCAUAUUUACGGUCUUGUCGUAGUUUUACUCGAGAGUCUCCUUCAGGGAGCUAAGCUAGUGACAAUCCCCAAAUUCUCAUCGGACAAUUUUGUCAAACUUUUGAAAAACUACAAAAAUGACGUUAUUUUUGCAGUGCCUCUAGUCGUGAUAAUGGCUAUAAAUCAUCCAAAUAUCACCAAACACGAUUUGAUGAACACUCGAACAAUAAUGUCGGGAGCAGGCCCCUUGGGAGGCUCUGAUAUUGAGCGUUUUCGGGCCAAAACCGACAAUAAAGUAUCUCUAAUACAAGGAUAUGGUAUGACUGAAACCGGUCCUGUCACUAUAAUCCAAUCGGAGAAUCUCCCCAAUGGAGUCAAGAUCGGAGGGAGUGGCUUCUUAGUCCCCAACACUCAAGCCCGAAUAAUCCCCAUCGAGUCUUCUUUCGAAAAUCUCCCCCCAAACAAAUCUGGGGAACUUAUUGUCAAAGGUCCCCAAGUCAUGCCAGGCUAUUACAAUAAUCCCCAAGCCAACCAAGACAUUUUUCUGGAAGAUGGCUGGCUCCGAACUGGUGACAUCGGUCACUACGACGAAGAUAACCAUUUUUUCAUCACUGAUAGGUUGAAAGAACUGAUCAAAGUCAAGGGAUUUCAAGUAGCACCGGCAGAACUUGAAGCUGUUUUAAGGGAACAUCCGAGUGUUGACGAUGUAGGAGUUGUAGGAGUGGCUGAUCCGGUCUUGGGGGAGGUGCCUAAAGCUUUUGUUGUUGUUAAAUCAGCACAAGAAGUGAAAGCGAAACAUCUGGAGGAGUUUGUAGCUAGUAAAGUAGCAAAGCAUAAACAUUUGAAAGGAGGAGUGGUUUUUGUGGAGGCGAUACCUAAAAAUCCCUCAGGGAAGAUUUUGAGAAGAGAAUUGAAAAAAAUGUAGGCGGGGCGUUUUGAAUAAUGAGUUCUGGACUAGGGAGAAAACAGGAAACGAAAAAAUCGUUGAAAAUCCCAAAAAAAAAAUGGGUAUAGAUAUUCCAGGCCACGCCUCUCGUCUGUUCUAUUUAAUUUAUUUUAAUAAACUUCGGCUAAACAUUU